AUGGCUCAGAACCCGGCAGACGAGCUCCUUCGGCGUCCGUUAUAUGUCUACGAUCUUCCGCCAGAAAGCCUCGCAGGCUUGACGCUGAAACCGGACGCGGACGCAAUCGCCGUCGAGGAACCCGAGACGUCAACGAUUCCCAGCCAGGCUUCGGACUCGUCCUCCGACAGCUUUGUCGGUUCCCAAGCAUGCUCUCUCUGCAAGCUUUCCUUCACCACCGUAUUAGACCAGCGAAGUCACAUCAAGUCCGAUUUUCACAAUUACAAUCUCAAGCAGAAGCUGCGGGGUCAGGGCCCGGUCUCAGAGGCCGAGUUUGAAAAGCUGAUUGAGACUCUGGACGAAUCGCUCUCGGGCUCCGACUCGGAAGAUUCGGAAGACGACGAGGACGAAGGGCGUCAGGAUUCUACGCUUACGGCGCUGCUUAAGAAGCAAGCAAAGCUGACGGAGAGACGAAACGCCACCAGAGAGAAUAACAAACAAGGCGAUAAUGACGACGAUGAACUCUCAGGGAGGCCGGGCAAGGGGAAGCCGGCGCUGAUAUGGUUCAGCUCGCCGUUGCUUCCAGAAAACACGUAUUUCGGCAUCUACCGAGCGAUAUUUACAGAUGAAGAGCAACGCCAGCCCGACUUGGUCGAGGUCAUCCGGAAGAAGCAGCUCGAGCCCAUAGCCAUGCCUAAGCCUGCAAAGGACGGGACGCUGCCGCCGAUCGCGUACAAGGGGCCGCACUUCUUCCUCUGCAUGAUCGGAGGCGGCCAUUUUGCCGCCAUGGUCGUCUCCCUCGCGCCGAGAGCCGCCAAAUCGGGCAGCACAACCAUGAACCGAGAGGCCACGGUCCUCGCCCACAAGACCUUUCACAGAUACACGACGCGUCGAAAACAGGGUGGUUCUCAGUCGGCAAACGACAACGCCAAAGGCAAAGCGCACUCUGUCGGCUCGUCUCUGCGUCGGUACAACGAAACCGCCCUGGUCGAGGAUGUGCGCGCUCUUCUCCAGGACUGGAAGGGGCUCUUGGACUCUUCCGAACUGCUUUUCAUCAGGGCAACAGGAACGACAAAUAGGAGAACCCUGUUUGGCCCCUAUGAAGGACAAGUUCUUCAAGCCAACGACGCUCGUAUCCGAGGGUUUCCAUUUAGUACCAGGAGAGCUACUCAGAACGAGCUGAUGCGGUCCUUCAUCGAGCUAACUCGACUCAAAGUCAGGGAGAUUGCUCCAAGCAAGGCAGGACUAGACAAGGCGAACGGGGCACCAAGCAAACCUGCGACACCAUCCAAGCCGGCAAAGCCGACGUUGUCAGAAGAGGAGGAAACGGCGCUGCUUCAUACGUCUCAGCUACAAGCCUUUGUACGGCGGUCCAAGCUACCUGCACUUUUAUCGUACCUCACAAAAAAUAACCUGGAUCCGGACUUUGAGUUCUAUCCUCCGGAACAAAACUACCAUACACCACGCCUUUUACACUACGCAGCUGCUCAGAACUCUGCUCCUUUGGUGCUGGGGAUCCUUACACGAGCCGGGGCGAACCCGUUGCUCAAGAACGCGGAGGGAAAGACGCCCUUCGAGCUCGCUGGAGAUCGCUCUACGCGGGAUGCCUUUAGAGUAGCCCGCUCUGAAGUAGGAGAGGGGAAAUGGGACUGGGAUGCGGCCAAGGUUCCUCCCGCCAUGACCAAGGACGAGGCAGAUCGCCGUGACGAGCGGGAAAAGCAAGAAGCAGAUAAGAAGGAGUCCGACAGGAGAAAAGCGGAAGAAGAGAGGCUCCGUACUGAAGGGCCAAGGCUCCCUGAGCAGAAGACGAAGAAGGGAAACAGCAUAGCGUCCAUAAUCGCCAAGACGCCACAAGAGCGCAGGGAGGAGGAAGCCAGGGGGCUGACGCCCGAGAUGAAGUUGAAACUGGAACGAGAAAGACGAGCGCGAGCGGCAGAAGAGAGAAUCAAGAGGCUACAGGGUGGUAGUUGA